GAUCCUGGCGCACUCAGCCUGCUGCAGCGCGGUAGCAGUACGUACAGGCAGAGGCAGGUACAGGCAGUGGCAGAUAGAGGCAGUGGCAGUUCCCCAGUAGGGACCAAGGCUUAGAGCAGGAGGCUGGGAGGCGGCAAUGGAGGUCGUAGAGGGAGCUGCAGGGGGACCCCAGCUGAUGCAUUUUGGGGCUGGGGUCAUGGCUCUGCUGUUGACAGCUGUGGCUGUGUGCUCCCUGCCCUCCCUGAUGGAUUACUGGAGGCGAUGGUGGGUGAUGAAGCCAAUCCCAGGUAUCAGCCCCUGCUAUCCUGUGCUGGGAAACGCUCUACUCUUGGAGCGGGGAGGAGAAGAUUUUUUUAAACAACUGCAAGUUUUUGUUGAACAGUUGAGGAGUUGGCCAUUGUUCAAACUUUGGAUAGGACCACUGCCUGUCAUGAUUUUGUAUCACCCUGACAGUGUGGAGGUUAUUCUGAGCAGUUCGAAACACAUAGAAAAAUCAUACCUGUACAAAUUCUUGCAGCCGUGGCUGGGCACUGGGCUUCUGACGAGCACUGGAGACAAGUGGCGGUCACGGAGGAAGAUGAUAACUCCCACAUUCCACUUCGCAAUCUUAACUGAUUUUCUAGAGGUUAUGAAUGAACAAGGAGGUAUUUUGUUGGAGAAACUUGAGAAACAUGUUGACAAGGAACCAUUUGAUGUGUUUCUGUACAUCACUCUGUGUGCCCUUGAUAUCAUCUGUGAAACAGCAAUGGGCAAGAAUGUCAGUGCUCAGGAGAAUAAGGAUUCUGAGUAUGUUCGUGCUAUCUACAGGAUGAGUGAUCUAAUCCAACAGCGACAGAAGAGCCCUUGGCUUUGGCCUGAUCUUCUAUAUAUGCUGUUCAAGGAAGGAAGAGAGCAUAAGAGGAACCUCAAGAUCCUUCACAAUUUUACAGAUAGAGUCAUUGCAGAAAAAACUGCAGAACUUGAAAACAACAAGCAAACAAAAUGUGAUACUGAUGGCAACUGUGAAGAAAGUGGCCCCAAGAAAAGAAAAGCUUUCCUGGACAUGCUGCUGAGUGCAACAGAUGAUGAAGGGAACAAGCUAAGCUGCACAGAUAUUCGUGAGGAAGUGGAUACCUUCAUGUUUGAGGGCCAUGAUACAACAGCAGCUGCUAUCAACUGGGCCCUGUACUUACUCGGACAUAAUCCUGAAGUCCAGAAGAAGGUUCACAGAGAACUGGAUGAGGUGUUUGGCACCACUGAGCGUCCUGUUACAAUGGACGAUUUGAAGAAGCUUCGAUACCUUGAGUGUGUUAUGAAAGAAGCCCUUCGGCUCUUCCCUUCAGUUCCGCUGUUUGCCCGUGUCUUGAGAGAGGAUUGCUGUAUUAGAGGAUAUCAGGUACCAAAAGGCACAAAUGUUAUUGUCAUAACUUAUGCCCUGCAUAGAGAUCCAGAGAUCUUUCCUGACCCAGAGGAGUUCAGGCCUGAGCGAUUCUUCCCUGAAAAUUGUAAGGGAAGGCACCCGUAUGCUUACGUGCCCUUCUCAGCUGGCCCCAGGAACUGCAUUGGUCAGCGCUUUGCACAAAUAGAGGAGAAAGCUCUUCUAGCCCUCAUCCUGCGGCGCUUUUGGGUGGACUCAUGUCAAAAGCCUGAAGAGCUUGGUAUAACUGGAGAACUUGUUCUUCGACCAAGUAAUGGCAUCUGGAUUAAGCUGAAGAGGAAGCCAAAUGCUGGAUCAGAAUGAAAGCAAAUUCAAGAAUUUAUUUUUCCGAAAACUUCAACUUCCAAGCUAUUUAGGCUGAGGUGUUUUUAAAUCAGAUAUUUUGAUGGCAGUCCAGCAAGUUGAAACUAAAGUUGUUACUGAUUGUUUCACCAAAGGAGAUGUUGUAACAGCCCUAAGUUGCUCUACUUUUCCAGUACCUGUGAACUUCAUGUUCAUCUUUGAAGUGCAGGCCUUUAAACAUCAAAUCUUAGUGCCUAUUCUACUCGGAUGAAACUAUUCUAUUGCAACAGUGCAAAAAAAAUUAUGUUAGUAACAGUAAUGCCUGUGAUGGAGUGAUCUGGUUGUAUUCUGUAUCAUUUGCAAGGUAACUGAUAGUCUCAAAUCUUCAUGUAGUUUUCAGGUUUCUUUGAUUCUGAAAGGUACAAGUGAUCAGUUCUUCCACUUGGCACAACUUUUUUCUCUUUUGGUGAUCACUGCAUCUAUGAAGGCAAAGCAAAAAUCUCUGAUAAUUUUGCUUCUCCUUUGUAAGCAUUUACAGUAGUUCUUUACUGAGUGCUCUGAAUUAUUUUUUAGCAAAAUGUACCGUAAUCAUUAAUCUGUAUAAUCAUACCAUGAACUGGAUAUUGUGUGAAUUACACACAGGAUUUUGUAAUGACAGAAACCGCAUUAUUACAAAUGUUGAGAAUAAACUUCAUAUAUGUCAA